AUGGCAUGUCCAGCAAGAACAUAUCCCCUCCGACAACCGCCAAACCACAAGCCUCCCAUCCCCAGGUGGCAAUUGGUUUGGGGCGAUAAUGUCCGUCGUGUCUUCACAGCAUAUAUUGGCAUCCAACCCCUCGGCGCUCCCAAGGCAGCGGUGGACAAGGCAGUGAAAGACAUACAAAGCUGGUUAGAUGAGCCGAGCGCCUUCAAGCCCCAGGCCUUUGAGAGCUUUGGUGUCAUCAACGGGGACGACACCCGAGAUUCCAGAGUAUGGGCAUGCUACUGGGACAACGAGGCCCAUGGGAAAGAGGGCUUACAACGUCUCAACUUGCCGUCCAUUUACUCAACCUUGUCCACAAGUGAGCCGUCGGCCAUCGGGCUUUGGAGCGAGAGCUUCGCAACUCCGGUAUCACGAUUGGAAACCAAUUACACCGGCUUGGACUACUUGCCCGGCAUAGCCAAGCUACCAGACACCACGACAGAGCAACAUGACUUGACAGCAUACUGGGGCGCAGCGCGAGACCGCAUUCCCGACUCUGCCCACGAUCUUUUUGAGAAGGAAGAUGCGGCCGAUACCAAGCCCGAAUUCGUCCAGGAUCCCACUGGGAAACGCCUCGUCGGCACCAACUACAACAACAUGGUCCAUAUCCGCUCCGGGCAAUACUGGGAAACCUGUGGUCCCGAAGAAACCGCCUCGUACGAGGACAAUCUCGAGCCAACCUUGGACAAGGGGCUUCAGUAUCUCUGGGACAACCGCGACGUCAGCGGAGCCAUGGGGCUGCGCUACCUCCGCAACACGGACGGAUCGGACAAGGUGUUGAAAGAGACGUGUGGCGCGGGCUUCUUCUGUAAUUUGCAGAAUCUAGAGGACUGGGCGAAAAGCCACCCUUCUCAUCUGGCCAUUUACACUGGUGCUAUUCGCCAUGCGAAAAAGUUUGGAGACGAGCGCAAGUUUAGAACCUGGCAUGAGGUGUCGAUUCUCAAGAAGGGCGAGGCCAGUUUUGAGUAUGUGAAUUGUUUGCCUGUCACGGGUGUCAUUCCCUUUUUGGGGCUACGGGAAAUUCCCUUGUAG